CUCCUAACUACCAGCCUGUUGCUAUGGUUAAUCUCAAUGACAACUACAAAGACGCCAUUGUCCCGGUACUACGCGAUCUAGCGACGCGUGAACAAAUUGAUCUCCAAGAGAUCAUUGACGAGUUAGAAGAUCUUAUUGUAGACACAUACUCCGAGUCGCAAUCGCAAUAUAAAAGUGACUGGACGAACAACUCCUCGAAAAAAAUCAAUUGGAAAACGAUACAAACACGUAUCGAUCGCAAGCUGGCAUUUAAAACAUCCGAAACUUCAGCCAGCACAACAACCAGUUUCAAAAAAACUGCGUCGUCCUCGCAGCAUCACAGAAUCCUCUUGUCAGAUAGCGACAAAAAGAAGGUUGAGAAUAUGCUGGUUGAUUUGGACAAAAGAGAAUACUGGGUUUUGGAGGCCACAAAAGCUAGGGCGAAAGAAACGGGUGAACAGCCAAAUUCUGUAGAAGAAAAGAUCCAUGGUUUUGCUGUCAAGUACCAGUUCUACCACCCCUGCCAAUCGCUGAUUAUCGAUCUUGCGGAUAAACAUUGGGAGGACGUUUUCAGCAAAGAAGAACUUGAUGAGAUGCGAUCAUUUGGUGAUCCUAUUCUUCGGGAAAUCCCUCAAGAAUUGGCAUUACAAUUGAGCGAACUCGGGAAGAUGACAAGUGCAGUCGACGCAUACAACUUUGCGAGAAAACUCGACUACAACAUCGUUACUGAACCGCUGCUAGCAUGGUUGGCGCUGAGUGUGAUGAAUACAGCAAAGUAUUUUAUUGAUUCAACAUCAGAAACGACAAGCUCGCUUUUAGAAAGCGAUAAACUAUACUACUUGUGGGGCUUUGUCAACACAGUUUUCGACCGCACUGAAGUAAAGGCACUCGGCAAAGAGAUUUCUAGCGAGGCCAACGCAACGGCUAGAAACACCAAGCGAAAACUAUCCGCAAUCGAGCCCAUAGCGAACAAAAAGAUGGGCAGCCGUACAGACAUCAUAUACAAGAUUAGCAACAUCGAGCUCGGCUGCUUGGAAAUUGGAGGAAAGGUCGACGCAACGAAAGAAUAUAAAGAUAGCAUGAUCAAGAUGCCACCAGUGCUCAAAGACAUGAUCAUUGCGGUAGCUGAACGAAAACGGGCGAGUUUGCGCAAGAUUCACGUCCUCGGCUAUAAUAUCAACGCUGUUCUUAGCCAUGGCCAUUCAAACCCACAUGUAUUUAAGGCGUGUACUAAAUGCAUCUUGCAUAACUCAAAUCAUCAGGUGACUCAAUCUCUCUGCUCGAUGUCGACGCCCCCAGAGGCUUUGUUACACGCAUACGUCGUAUCAAAGACGUGCCCUUCCCAUCUAGCAGCAGCGAUUACGCCACAACGAUUGUCCCGCUCUUACAACUUGCGAUAAUUGGCAAGUGUAUCAUCGAUGAUACAUGGAAGCAGUUCUGUCAAACAGAAGCAAGCUUGGCCGAUUUUGUAAGUCAAGUCUCCCCACUGCCACCAUGUUUCAUACCAGAAGCACUAUCCACAUCAAACAAGGCAGCAUCGUCAACCCCAUCCACAUCGCCAACUUCUGUCGCUUCUGAAUCAACUAGUAAAAAACGAAGAUGAGCCAAGCCUGAGCCUGAUGAACACCAAUAAGUAAUUGUAACAUAU